GGCUGGCGAACAGUUUCCGCACAGACGAGAUACGACCACUCCAACAAGCAUAAUGAACAGCUCACUGACGAUUUUUGCCGUGCUAGCGAUUGGCCUAGCGGUGGCCCAACAGCCUGAUGAAUCUAAUGCGCUCGGUGCGGGCAAUAUGGCAACCGUGGGCGGUGUUUCACUUGAGCAGCGCACGGUCGACCAGCAGAACCAGCGGCUAGCGUUGUCGUUUGCUCGUGCCUUCCCGGAGGAAACGCCGGCCGAAUUUCAGCCGCUAGUGGUGGCCCUGUACGUGCGCUGCCAGGCGGAGCUGGACAACUGUGCCGACUUUCUGUGGGAGACGCAUCUACUGCGCGAGUAUCGCAACUGCGCGAUGACACAGCGACGCCUCUGCACGCAGGAGGUGCAGGAAUUGCAGGCCCAGCUGAGCGUGAUGGCCGAUGAGGCCAAUGAGCAACUAGAGCUAUCGCCGGCGGAGGAAGAAGUGCUGGCGCAAUUAGCCGAGUAAUCGAUCAGAAAAUCAAAUGGGAUUGAAAUGUCACCCAAACAAAAAUAUUGUUUGGACAAACAAAGAAGGAAUCAAUUCUUCUGUACCCAAACAGUCGAGUCCUAAUCAAAUCAAAGCAUAUACAAUUCACUUCGUAUGAAAUGAACAACAAAACUAGAUUUAUUGUGCAAUAAAUUUGCAAUGUGAUUUCGUAUUGCGUCGAAGUAGAAUAAAAAUCAUUUAACUGGAA